UUUACGGACUUCGAUGUUCUGUUUCUUCUUUUGCCAGCUUCGUAUUUCUCUUCGGAAAAUAGCGAGAGUGUCUUCCUGUUUUUUCGAUCAUUUAUUUUGCUAUCUUCUUUUGCCAUCUUCGUAGUUCUUAGGGGAGAAGAAGGUAGAGGGGGGCAAAAACGUUUUUUGAUCAGUUUUUUUUAAAUGUUUAUUCAGUUCUUAGGGUAGAAGAAGAGGGAGGGACAAGGGUUCUAGAUAGGGUUUUGUACGAGGUGAAGGAAGAAGAAAACAGUAGAAGCAGCGGAGGAGAAGGUUGAAGUCAUGUCUUUAGGCUACGCCGAGAAGCUCUCCUACCGGGAGGACAUCGGCACUGUGGGCAUGUCGGAGAUCUUCGACCCUUCCGACAUCCUCCAUCAAAAGAUUGAAGAGCUUGCCUUGAUGAUAAAAGAGAGCAAACAUUUAGUGGCAUUCACAGGAGCUGGGAUUUCUACUUCAAGUGGCAUUCCUGAUUUUCGAGGACCUAAGGGCGUUUGGACUCUUCAGCGUGCUGGCAAGGGGUUGCCUGAAGCAUCACUUCCUUUUGAUCGUGCAAUGCCAAGUUUGACUCAUAUGGCUUUAGUUGAAUUGGAGAAGGCUGGUAUCCUUAAGUUUGUUAUCAGCCAGAAUGUAGAUAGUCUUCAUCUGCGAUCAGGAAUUCCUAGAAAAAAGUUAGCUGAAUUGCAUGGAAAUUCCUUUCGGGAAGUUUGCCCUUCUUGUGAAACUGAGUAUGUACGGGAUUUUGAAGUUGAAACCAUUGGGAUGAAAGAGACAUCAAGGCGUUGUUCUGAUACAAACUGUGGUGCAAAGCUUAGGGAUAGUGUUCUUGAUUGGGAGGAUGCUUUGCCCCCUAAAGAGGUGAAUGCUGCUGAGAAUCACUGCAAAACUGCUGACCUUGUAUUGUGUUUAGGGACUAGUUUGCAGAUAACACCCGCUUGCAACUUACCUUUGAAAUGCAUUCGAAACAAUGGAAAGAUUGUGAUUGUAAAUCUUCAGGUAUCAAAGUAUCUAGUCAUGGUAGGAUAUAUAUUCUCAUUUUGCUCUAUCCACAUUGUUGUUAAUAUUUGAGUGUUAUAACAUCUAAAUGAUGUUAUAAACUAAUGUGGA